CCCGAAGCAAGAAUCUGAGUCAUCCCCUUUUGUUGUAAAAUGGACCCUCAAAUCCUACUCGCAAUCAUCCUCUUUGCCUUGACAGUCAUUUGGAUAUGGAUGAACAAAUCCAGUUGCAAAACACAGCAAGGAAAACUACCCCCAGGGCCAUGGAAACUGCCUCUCAUUGGCAACAUGCAUCACUUCAUUGGCUCCCUUCCACAUCGCUGCCUCAGAGAUUUGGCCAACAGACAUGGCCCUGUCAUGUACUUACAACUUGGCGAGCUCUCCAAUUUCGUCAUUUCUUCACCGGAAGCAGCUCAAGAUGUGAUGAAAACACAUGACCUGAAUUUCUCUAGCAGGCCAUAUCACCCUGCUGCAAGGAUCCUGUUUUACGAUUUCACAGAUAUCGGUUUCGCUCCUUAUGGAGACUAUUGGAGGCAGCUGAGGAAAAUUUGCACUUUGGAACUGUUGAGUGCUAAACGAGUUCAGUCGUUCCGAGCUAUCAGGGAAGAAGAGGUAUCGAAUUUCGUUUCUUCCAUUCGUUCCAAGGCCGGAUCACCUGUUAACCUUAGAAAAUUGUUGCGAGCAUUGACGUCUAAUAUCACCGCCAGGGCUGCCUUUGGUGCAAAAUGCAAAGACCGUGAAGCUUUCUCUCAAGUGGUCCAGGAAGCAGUCGAGAUUGUUGGAGGCUUUAGUCUUGCUGAUGCCUUCCCUUCCUUCAAAUUACUUCAACUCCUGAGCGGAAGAAGCUUUCAACUCGAAAAGCUGCACAGAAAAUCGGACAAGAUUCUCGAAAACAUCAUCCAACAACACAGAGCCGAUCGUUCGAACACAAAGAGUGGUGACAAAGAUGAACAGAAUGAUCUGGUUCACGUUUUGUUAAAUCUUCAGGAGCAUGGAAAUCUCGAAAUACCAUUAACCGACUCUAAUAUCAAGGCAGUGGUCCAGGACAUGUUUUCUGCUGGAGGGGAGACAACAUCCAUGACCAUAGAAUGGGCAAUGUCUGAAAUGUUAAAAAAUCCAAAAGUUUUGGAAAAGGCACAAGCAGAGGUGAGGCACGUCUUCAAUAAAAGAGGAGAGGUAAAUGAAGAGAGCCUCUCCGAAUUAAAGUACCUAAAAUUAGUCAUGAAGGAAACAUUGAGAUUACAUCCUGCACUGCCAUUGCUGCUACCAAGAGAAAGCAAGGAAAACUGUAAAAUCAAUGGAUACGAGAUACCAGCCAAGUCUAGAGUCAUAAUCAAUGGAUGGGCAAUUGGGAGAGAUCCCAAGUAUUGGACAGAAGCCGAAACAUUCAAUCCAGAAAGAUUUCUUAACAGUUGGAUUGAAUUCAAAGGAGUUAAUUUUGAGUACAUUCCAUUUGGUGCUGGGAGGAGGAUUUGUCCAGGCAUAGCAUUCGGCAUGGCCAAUGUUGAGCUUCCAAUUGCACAAUUGUUGUAUUAUUUUGAUUGGAAACUUGGUGAUGGAAGAAAAUUGGAAGAGCUGAACAUGGACGAAGUCUUCGGGGCCACAGUAGCAAAGAAGCAUGAGCUUUGCUUAGUUCCCAUUCCAUAUCAUUCCGCUGCACAUUAAAUUAUGUUUGACUUCGAAUUAUGGGGUUUGCUUUUAUCCAAUAUCGACGCGGCCUAAAUCUCGGAAUAAGAUUUUC